AAAGAGCGACUACUUUCUUGGUUCCUCCUCUUUGUUUACAGUUAGAAGCUCCUGGCCCUGAGUUUGCUUUCCCAUCAUGCUGUGCUGUCCCAAGCAGCCGCUGCAAUGGCAGGAGGGAGAGAGAGGGUGGCUUAUUUGCUGAAACAGCUGCAACGUGCAUCAUGCAUGUGCCCUGCUCACUCCCACACUUAUUCUCAAGGGACAGAAAGUGCAGCUUUAAGGAAAACAGACUAUGCUUUUGAGAUGGCUGUUUCCAAUAUCCGAUAUGGAGAGGGGGUUACUAAAGAAGUCGGAAUGGACCUGCAGAAUAUGGGUGUCAGAAAAGUCUGUGUGAUGACUGAUAAAAACCUCUGUCAGCUGCCUCCCAUGAAAGCAGUCUUGGAUUCCCUGACAAAAAAUGAGAUAACCUUCAAGAUAUAUGACAAUGUAAGAGUGGAACCAACAGAUCAGAGCUUCUCGGAUGCCAUUGAGUUCGCUAAAAAAGGAGAGUUUGAUUCCUACGUUGCUGUAGGAGGUGGUUCCGUAAUAGACACUUGUAAAUGUGCUGAUCUCUACGCAUCCAGCCCUGGGUCUGAGUUCUUAGAUUAUGUCAAUGCUCCCCUUGGAAAAGGGAAACCUGUUAAAGUCACUCUCAAGCCAUUGAUUGCAGUUCCUACAACAGCUGGAACUGGAAGUGAAACCACUGGAGUUGCUAUUUUUGAUUACAAAGAACUAAAAGUAAAAACUGGCAUUGCUUCUAGAGCCAUUAAGCCCUCAUUGGGCCUUGUUGAUCCCUUGCAUACUCUCCAUAUGCCUGAGAGGGUGACAGCCAACAGUGGCUUUGAUGUGCUUUGCCAUGCCCUCGAAUCCUAUACCGCUCUUCCCUACAAUAAGCGCAGUCCCUGUCCUUCAAAUCCAGAGAACCGACCAGCUUAUCAAGGAAGUAACCCUAUCAGUGAUGUCUGGGCCAUCCAUGCACUGCAGAUUGUUGCCAAAUAUUUAAAGAGAGCCAUCAGGGACCCAGAGGAUCGAGAAGCAAGGGCUAAUAUGCAUCUUGCAAGUGCUUUUGCUGGCAUUGGCUUUGGGAAUGCUGGUGUACACCUUUGCCAUGGCAUGUCUUAUCCUAUUUCCGGCUUGGUGAAGAAUUAUAAAGCAAAGGAUUAUCAUGUGGAUCAUUCCCUGGUGCCACAUGGUCUCUCUGUGGUGCUCACAUCUCCAGCAGUAUUUACUUUCACAGCACCCAUGUGCCCUGAGCGUCACUUGGAGGCCGCCCAGAUAUUGGGAGCUAAUAUCAGCACUGCCAGAAUGAAAGAUGCUGGGCUUAUUUUGGCAGAUACUCUCCGGAAAUUAUUGUUUGAUCUGCAUGUGGAUGAUGGCUUAGCUGCUCUGGGUUAUUCUAAAGCAGACAUCCCAUCCUUAGUCAAAGGCACCCUACCUCAGGAACGAGUGACUAAGUUGUCUCCUCGCCCCCAAACUGAGGAAGAAUUAUCUGCCUUGUUUGAAGCUUCUAUGAAACUCUAUUAGCUUAAAAUAUUUAAGUUUUUUUUAAAAACCUCUAAAGUUUGUUGCCAUUCUAGGGUGACAGAAAACUCAAAAAAAAAAAUGGGAAGUGAUGAUAAUGAAUGCAACCCCACUAUCCAGAGCUUUUUUUUUUUAUCAUUCAUGCUUAUUCCUGGGUAUAAUCUGAUAAAAUCUUGUCUUGCUUUUACUUAUUAGUAGAAUGAAUCUAUGGAGAUUUUUUUCCAUGCAAAAAACAGUGUACUUAAAUGAACUUUCUAGCAUGUCAUUUAAUAGUCUCUGAUACAAAAUAAAACUUUACAAGUUUGAAAA